ACCGAGUCCCGGCUGUACCUUGCAAGCCAGUUUGAUCCCAAUCCAGUGUUUGUGUGGCACUGUCGGCUGUGUAAUGGAGCACGGUUGUGACAGAAAUAGACCUGGAAAUAAGCGCGGAUUAAUUGAGUUAAACGCGUUACCGGUGUGUGGGUCUGAAAAGCUACGCAAACAUGAGCGACAAGGGGACAGUCUCACCGAAAGAGAAGGAAGCCACAGAAAAGAGAGGGCGUGGAAGACCCCGUAAGCAGCCGCAGGUAAAAACCUCUGACGAACCAAGUGGGUCCCCUACUCCAAAGAGGCCCAGAGGACGGCCGAAGGGCAGCAAAAACAAGACAACCGGCAAGGGCAAAAAGGCAACGGCAGCCCCAUCUGCAGGGGGAAAACGCAGGGGAAGACCGAAGAAGGAGGAAAAGGAAGAAAAAGCAUCCCAGGAAUCAUCUGAGGAGGAAGAGGAAGAGGACCAGUAAUUCACAACGCAUGCUACCUCACUCAACAUACUGACUUACUGUUAACCAGAACUGGGCUGUAUCUCCAACGCCAGUGCCACCACAUGACCACUGUUCACGACAAAGCCCCCUUUUGCCAAAGGAGGGUUAACACAGUACAUAUAUCAUGCAACAGCACUGGAUAGAACGAUGGACUUGCUCAAGCAUAGAUCUAAGAAUUACAUGAAAGGUAACAGCCAGUUUCUCUACAUGUCAUGUUAUUACAAGUCUUUUAUACUGGACAAAAAGGUGUUCUCCAAGGAGCCUGGACAUUUCCUCCUUUUCCUUUUUUUUCCUCCCCCCUAAAGAUGGUUUGUAGGAUGUUUUCUCUGCUUAAUGUUACUUAUUUGUUGUACCCGCAUCUGAGAUGGUAGGGCAUAUAGAUUUUUCUCCGUGUUUUGUACUGGACAAAGGUGAAUUUUACCUAUACUUGCUUUUUUCUUUUUUUUUCCUUUUCAGAGUUUUUCUUUUUUGGUUUUGAGUGUUUGUGUGAAGUGGUUAACCUAUCCUUUGCAUUGUAUUCUAGAUGGAGUUGAGCUUCAGCAUUUAGGAUGAGAAUAGGUAACUGAUGGUAGAAGUAUCUUUUCCUAAUCUGCAUAACUGACUUCACCCACCCAAUCAGAGGAGAACCAUCUUUAGCCCUCUUCCUGUAGGACAGUUUAGAUUUUAGUGAUGCUUCUCAGACUUCCUUCUCAGUUCUCUGCGUAUAGUGGAGAGAUGUAAAAGUGUAUCAUUAGUCAUCAGACUCGAUCUGACUUACUGUUUGUUUUGUUUUUUGUUCCUUCGGGUUACAUACAUUUUAAAACACGUGUGCUGCUUCUCAUGUUAUAAUAAAACUCUUUCGUAUGUGUUUUUUAAGGUUGGCAGAGUUCUAGGCUUAAAGUCAUCAGUGUCGUUUCUUCAGGGAGCUUUUACAAAUGCUGUUACAUUGGCGUCUUUGUCCUCACAUGGUCCUCAGUUUUCCAAGCCCUCACUCAAUCACUCAUAAGGCAAACUGCAAUUGGUCAGACAAGGAGUUUGAUUGUAACACAGGAUAGUUGGUGGCACUACUAUCCAACAGGGCUGUAUUAUUAUUAUUAUAUUUUUUUUUUUUUUUUUUUUUUUCCCCUCAUUCCAUCUAGAUCUCACUGCUUCGCCUAGCUUGGUCCUCCUGUCAUCACUUAGUAUGGUAAUAAUAAAAAGAACUUUUUCCUUAGUCUUUUGAAGAUGUGUGUUGUAUGCCGUCUGCUAUGGUUAAAGAAAACUUUUGUGUAUUUCUAAGUGUCAGGGAACCCACAGUCACAGUCCACUUAACUGGGUUUUUCCACACACCUAAGCUGCUACAACCUCAGUUACGAAACCCGGAAAACUGCAAACAGGCAAGACAAUGCCUGGAAUUUCAUACCUCACUCAAACGGCUUAUUUUACCAUUUAUUGCAACUGGUUUUCUUUUUUUUUUUCUUUUUAAAUGUAACCUCUGGCAUGAGUUGACAAUGUUUGUAUUUUUUUUUUUCCUCUCCUGACUGUAAUGAGAGAUCCAAGAGGUCGAGCAUGUGAUUGUGUGACGACACCAACACUUCUUGGCUCAUUCAUAACCGGAGCUUGCAGACAGGUUUUUUUUUUUGUUUUGUUUUUUUGAGUAAAUGUGUGAAGCAAGUCAGGGAGACCUGUCAGCUUGACGACUGUGUUCGCUGACUGUGGUAGAUUAGCAAGUGUGUUUUUAUCCUUAAGAAAAAUUCUUCUGGUGCACUGAAAUGUUAGUUCAGAUUUUCAUGGACAAAUGUUUGUGAUGGACUGGGCGCUUUUUCCAUGUUCCGUUGGCCACCGUGUGUCUACCACUGCCACACGUAGCCAUCCUCACCAUACUCGUACAACGGUCAUUUCAUGUCCUCUAUCAACUUCCUCCUAGUCUCGAUAUCAUGUCAUUUUACAUAGUAACGUCAGUCAUCCGUUGAUUUAUAUACUGUAAACUCAAUAGGAUGGGAUCAUUCUUUUUAAUGUACACGUAUAUAAAUGUACAAUGUCUAUAUUUCUAUGGUGCCCUACAACAAUUUGUAUCAGAAAAUGGUCAAUAAAGAGAAUUUUCUUUGUCACUUGUUCAUAUUAUUGCACUCUGCUGUGCAGCUCAUGCAGGCUACAAUGAUGCAUUGCAACUAUCUACAAAAGUAAAUAAUUACAUUUCCAGUGUCUCAAAUACCUUACCAAGUCUCUUGAACCAAUGGAUGUACGGUCUGAAAGGAGAAAGAUUGUAACAAUGUUCCCAAAAUUACAUUUGCAUCAGUCCAUCUCAUCAAACAUCACCUGAAUGCACAGCCUUUCAUGCAAAGUUUUCCAGAGGGGUGUACUACAAAGUGAGAUUUAAGAGUUAGCCAAGUUUCUUCUGCAGAUACUAUACCACAUAACCAAGAAUCUCUAUCAACCAAUAAAAUUAAUUUCACUUCAUUAGGUGAUGGGACAGUAACCUUUAUAUUUAAAUCAAUCCAAAGUUUCAGAGCUCUAAUGUGCGGUCGUCAUGUUAGAAAUAAGCAGUCGCACUGAGAGUGCACCACCGCUUGAUAACGUCUACAGCUGCUGGGCUCAUAGGGAUCAAUUCUGUGUAGAAGAUCAGUCACAUGAUGAAACGCCACUUUUAUGUGAGCACUCGCAGAAGCUGAAGCAGAAAACCUGCCUUAACAGUUGAAAAACACCAUUACCCAUUUUAUCUGACAGGGGUUUUAGGUUUUGUCAAGAAAGCCUUGCAAUGUUGAACUUCAUAGUAGAACCCCUCUGGUGUGUCACCUGUGCAAAUCUAAGUCAACAGUGGAUACAAUUUUAAAGAUGAAUGGCUCAUUUCAUAAAAUUCUUCACAAAAGCUGAAAAACUCUAGACAAUGCAUAGAAUAGAAACACAAUUAGGCUGAUACUUAAGCACCUCUGGGUAUAAUAACUAGUUGGCCAUCCCAAGUUUGCAGAGCUGGGUUCUCAAAGUUUAGGGAGCCACUGUAAGUGGACUAGCCAGGAAAAAUCCACACUUUAAAGUGGCUGUUCAGCAAAUAGUGCUUCAUGUUGGCAUUUGCUUUUUUGUGUGUGUUUUGCUGGGCUUUAACAAUUACUGAGGUGGAUAUUACAUCGCCUUACACCAUCUGUAUUUGUCAGUGUUAAUAAGAUUCAUUCAUCUAUGAUAACUACAGCUAAAUGUGUUGUAAUUUAAUAGAAAUGCUCCUACAUCUUUUUGUGCACCGCUAUGACAGACCACCAAAUGGUAAGCAAAACUUUGAGAACCACAGCUGUAGAGGGUCAGGGUGGGGCUGGAGCCCAACCCACGGAGAGGUAGGGCACUCCCUGGACAGGUGGAAGCAAGGACUAGCGCUGAGACAACCAGCAACAGUCACACCCAGAGCCAGCCCUGGAGUGUGGAUUUUCUUCUGACACUGUGGAUAAAGCACAGUGGGAAAACAAAUGCCACACAGAAAGGUUUAAACCCAGAACUUUCUUGCUUGUUAUGCACCACCAUGCCGCCCACACUUUUAGAUGUCAUAACUGAUAACAUGAUAUGUUUGAGCAUUACAUGCUCAGUACAAUACAUUAGCUGUUGGACUGAGUAAUGUUUCCCCCAUCUGAGGGCAGUUAAACAGUUCAAUUGUUCUUAGUUUACAUUCACAAAUGCAAGGCAAAAAAGGAACCGGGGAGGUUAUGACUCGUAAAGAAAAAAAGAGCAAGACUUCCUGAGUGCUUAAAACAGUCAGACUUAUGGCAUUCAUCUGAACAGAUUCUUCAGCUGGAGGUAAAUUUGUUGGUGCCAUGCCUUGUAGACAGGAAAUAUUUUGAGAGCUAGUCAGAGCUCAUUUUAGGGAUGAGAGUUUGGUGUUAUUUACUUCCACUAUCUGGCUUUUCAUGCCAUUGAUAAGAGUCACAGGAUUUGGCUAAACCACAAA